AUGUGCAAGUCAAUAGUACAGUAAUUUGACUACUGUCCCAGAUUUAUUACUGCUCAGAGUGUAUAAUGAGUGGAUGCAGGUCGAUGUCUGAAACAUGUGCUUCCACCCAAAUAUAGAAUCCUGGGGAAAGCAUGUAGGGGUGGAAAGGUGCCAAGUACAUGCCCAGAAAAUCCCCCCAGUCUCUGCUGAAGUCCAGUGUGGUGGACAUAUGCUGUCAGACAUCUGAUAGUCAGCAGCUGCUAUUAGGACUUUUGAGUCUGUUUGAAAAAGGCUUGUGGCUUUUAGAGGACACAAAAGCUAAUGUUUUGGUCAAUACUUUGCUGAAGAGUUAGCCAGAGAUCGAUAAACCAUAAACGGAAGUCACAAUGGAUUCUCGGCUCUUCAAGCAGAUUCAGUGUUCUGUGUGUUUGGGGGAAUUUACAGACCCGGUGAGUCUGCUGUGUGACCACACGUUCUGCAGGCAGUGUAUCAACAACCACUCGCAGACAAGCAGCCGUUUACGCUUAUGUCCCGAAUGCCGUCGACCGUAUACUAUGUGGGAUCUACGAUCCAAUCGUGUCCUGAGGAACAUGGUGGAUGCUGUGAGGGAGCACCUCACAGAACAACAAGCCAUCAAGGACAGGACGGGCGACGGAGCCAUUGGCCCUAGAGCAGGGCUGUUCAUGGAGCCAGAGAAGCUAGUGUGCCCCGACCAUGAUGAGAGGCUAAAACUGUUCUGUGAGACGGAUCAAAAAUUGCUGUGCUUAAUUUGUAGAGAUGGCGAUAAACACCAAGGGCACAAGUUCAAACCAGUGGAUGAUGCAGCACCACCAAAAAAGGGGAUGCUAAAGGAACCACUAGAUUUCAUAUCAAAGGAGAACAAAGAGCUGGAAGAGCUGAUUAAGAACCAGACCAAUGAAAUCACAAAAACUCAGGAGCGGUCUAAACAGCUUUCAGCCCAAAUCGCAGCUCAGUUCCAGGAGAUGUACCAGUUCCUGAGAGAGAAGGAGCAGGAGGUGAAGGAACUGCUUGAAAAAGAAGAAAAGGUUGUAGUGGAAAAGAUGCAGAAGAACAGACAUGACAUAGAGGAGAAACUAAACACUGGAAAAGAGCAUGAAGAAUUACUAAAGUCAGUCAUUGAAACUGAUCGGCCUGAUGCUUUUCUGCAGUGGUGGACUGAGCAUGGCCUGGGAUUUGUUGAAGGAAUGAGGGAAGUUGAUGGUUGGUUUAAAAGGAAUGAACAUGCUACUCAGUCACCACAGUAUAAGUCAAGUGUGAAGGGCCUCAGUGUGACCUCUGACACCCUAUUUCUUGGACCCUAUGAAACUCAUCUGAAGUUCUUUGUGUGGAAGAAGAUGCUUGGCUCCAUUAAACCAGUUCCGGAUCGUAAUGCAAUAUCUGACUGCCAUGACCCAUAUUUGAGGGUUUCCUCCGAUGGCCGCAGUGUGACUCGCGCAGACAAGAAGGGAAUUUUUUAUCGCCAGAAAGACUACAGACCACUGGCCAGAACUCACAAGUCUUUUCAGUCUGGGCAGCAUUACUGGGAAGUGGACGUGGGGGAAAAGACUGACUGGAGUGUUGGCAUCGAUGGCGGAUGUAUAAGCAGCUUAAACAAGAGCAUCAGGCUUCAGCUGAAACAUAACCAAGGUUACUCAGUAAAUGAGAAUAGCACGGAGACUGAGAAGGAGCUGGCUGUGAAGCCACAGAGAAUAGGGCUGUACUUGGAUUGUGACCGGCAUCAGGUUUGCUUUUACAAUGCUGAUGAUAUGACUCUCCUCCAUACCUCAUCUUAUUUGUCAUUCACUCCUUGUUGUCUGAGUCUAUCACCUGGGGCCUACCUACAGGGCAGGAACAUGGACCCAUUGACAGUAUGCUGGAACUAAUCUAUCUAAUCUACAGAGUGGGUGAAAAGUAACUAGGUAUUAAGAUUUGUUAAUAAAGUCCAUAUUUUUAAUACAUAUUAAUUGGAACAAAUUGUACAUAUACUUUAUUACAUAGGAAAAUGAAAGCAAAUAUUGGAAUUUUAACGUAGGCACCGAUGGCGUCAACUAAUUUCCUAAAACGGCCGGGAUGGAAUGCAGAGUCUUCUGAAAAAAAGUGGAUUGGUAUAUUCCUGAGAACCUCCCGAAUCUCCGUGCCUCCAGGUCCUCCAGUGUUCUUGGCUUUGUCCAGUUCACCCCCUCUUUUGCAUAGCCCCUCAAGAAAAAAUCACAUGGCGUGAGAUCUGGACUUCUUGGAGGACAACGGCCUGGAAAAUACUGGUCUAACGAGGCACGCACAGUAAGAGCAAAAUGGGGAGAGACUGUUUUUAUCAUGACUCUACAAGUCUCCGAUACUAAAAGUCCUACAACCAUUAAAUAUUGCCAAGUUAAUUUUCAUCCACUCUGUACAAUACAUGGUAUACAGUAUGCUUCUAGCAAUGGCAUUUAUGGAGGCUGUUAUAAAGAACCAUUAAGAUGCUCGCUAUCCAAAUUCAGUUUACUGAUUUCUAUCUUUAUAUUAUGGAAGAAACAGAAUGCCAUAUAAUGCUUAAAAGUAUCUGGACCUUAAUAAAGUGAAGUAUUUUUAGGUGAGGCUUAAAAAUGACUUGCUAAGAUUACAGUAGUAUAAGCUUUGUGUAUGACAAACCUUAUCCUGUAAGCUUGAUAUCCUAUAUGCUAAAAUCUAAACCAACAAUGCUGUUUUGUAACCCUUUGAUUGCUUGUACCCUCUUCUAAUAAU